AUGGGUUUGGUUUCAAGAUCUCUGAAUAGACACACUGUUAGAUUGUGUAAUAUUAACCAGAAGUAUGCGCUGCAAUCACCGUUUAGAAGAUCAUAUUUAGUACCAUCUUUUGAUCACUUGCAAAAGGAAAAGGGUUUGAACGGUUUAUAUUCAGAAAAGGGUUUAUCAAAUGCUUGGUUCGAUAGAGUAGAACUAUACACUGAAAAAUUGAAUGAAUUGGUCUCUUCUUCUUCGGAAACUAGAUCUAUCGAGUCUAUGAUCAAUGAAUCAUCCAAAUCUUACGCUAAACGUGAUUUGGUCAAUUGUGCCUCAAUGCUAUAUAGUUUAAAAUUUGUCAACAGUUCAUUGCGUGGUUCAGACAAGCCUUUAACACCAGAAAAGGUCAAAUCUUUACAUAAAUCACCGGUGGAUAUCUCUUUGAAAUAUUCAAAUGAACCUUUGGAAACUGGUAAUCAAAGGUUGCAAGGUGCUUUGCAAUCUUCUUUCGGUUCUCUAGUAGAAUUUAGAACUCUAUUGUUAUCUUCAAAUUUAGCUAUUUCAGGUGAGGGUUUUACCUGGUUAGUAGCUAGAUUAGAUAGAUCUCCAAUGGGAACUAAUACCACUCCUGAUCAAAAUCAAGAUCAAUUUUUUGAUCAGUUGUUUGUGGUAAAUACUUACAAUGCAGGGACUCCAUUUAAUUCUAAUAAAUCGGGACAUAUGGUAGACUUGAAAAAACAAUUAGAGAAACAAUUGGAAGAGGAUAACUCUACUAGUGUCGAAGUUCCAGAGAAGAAAAAUUCAACUGAAAAUUUAGAAGAUAUCAUAGAGGCUUCUUCUUACCAAAAUGACGUCACUUACGUACCACUAUUAGCAAUUGAUGCUUCUCCAAAAUGUUGGCUACAUGAUUAUGGUGCUUUGGGUAAACAACAAUACUUGGAUAACGUCUGGGAAUCAAUAGAGUGGAGUACAGUCGAAUCUAGGCUACCAAAUAUGGUAAAAACAUUUAAAAUUUCUAAUUAG